AUGAGUGCUUACAACCCACCAAGACUUGUGAAUUUGGCAGCAAUGAGCCUAGUGAGAGAUGAGGCCUUGGCCAUCUCCUCUUUGGAGUAUCUGCCCAUGGAGCUCUACCCACCACUGUUCAUGGCCGCCUUCUCUGGCAGACAGAGUGAGACCCUGAAGGCCAUGGUGCAAACUUGGCCCUUUGCCCGCCUGCCUCUAGGAGGCCUGAUGCAGAAGCCUCACCAAGGAACCAUACAAGCAGUGCUGGGUGGCCUUGAUGUCCUGUUGGCCCAGAAGGUUCACCCCAGGAGAUGCAAACUGCAGGUGCUGGACUUGAGAAAUACUGGCCAGGACUUCUGGAACAUAUGGUCUGGAGACAUGAACCAUGUGUCCUCAAGCUUACUGAUGGCACCAGUGGCUGAGGACAUGUCAAGGACAAAGCACCCAUUGACUCCCUUGGUGGUAUACAUAGAACUUUGUCUCAAGACAAAGACCUCGAUCAAAUUCCUCACCUACCUCCUCAGGUGGGUGCAGCAAAGGAAAGGCUCCAUACACCUGUGCUGUAAGAAGAUAAAAAUUAUUUCAAGGUCCAAGGAAAAUAUUAAGAAAAUUCUCAGUAUGGUGAAGCUGAACUGUGUACAGGAGGUAGAAUUGAGUCUCAACCAAAAGCUGUCCACCCUGGCCAAAUUUUCUUCUCUCCUGGGCAAGAUGAGAAAUGUUCAGAGACUCCUUCUCCCCCCGAUUCAUGGGUCUGUUGCUGAGGAACAGGACCAUCAGGCUCUUUUGCAAUUUACCUCUCAGAUCCUCAGGCUGCAGCACCUCCAGGAUCUCCAUAUGGAAGGUCCAGCUUUCCUCGAAGGCCGCCUGAACCAGAUGCUCAGAUGUCUGAAGACCUCCUUGUACAACAUCUCAAUAACCAACUGCCUGCUUACAGAAUCAGACUUGACUCAUCUGUCCCAGUGUAGGAACAUCUGUCAGCUAAAGGGCCUGAAUCUGAACGGUGUUACCUUGACCAACUUUCAUCCUGAGCUCCUCCAAGUUCUGCUGGAGAAAGUUGCAGGCACUCUUGAAGAACUGGACUUAAACCUGUGUGGGAUCAUGGACUCCCACCUCAUGGCCAUCCUUCCUGUCCUGAGCAGCUGCUCCCAACUCAGGGUCCUCAGCAUAUGUGGGAACCUCAUCUCCAUGGCUGUCCUGGAGAGUCUCCUGUGUCAUACUGAUGGGUUGUCUGAUUUAAGUCUAGAGCUUUAUCCUGCCCCUCGGGAGAGUUACAGUUCUCUGGGUAUUCUUCACCAGGAGAGACUUGCCCAGCUAAAAGCUGAGCUUUGGGAGAUCCUUACAGACUUAGGACGUCCCAGGAAGAUUUGGGUUAGCCCCAGCCCCUGUCCUUACUGUGGUGAUGACAUGUGUGAUCACUUGAGUCCCAAUGCAUAA